CCCACAUGGGCUUGGCUACCGAUGGGCCGGAAUCUUGGCUUAUAGGGGGAAAUAAAAGGCGGAGAAGAUUUUACGCACGGGACUUUUACGCACAGAACUCCUCGGGAAGCGGCUGUAAACGCUAUUCUGCACGGGGGUAUUUAUGGUUUCGGUAUCGCACGAUCAUCCCCCCUUCUUCCGUCAGGACAGUCAGUCAACGAGUGCGUGUGACCCGAGGCCCCCGGUGUGUGUGUGUGUGUGUGUGUGUGUGUUUUCUCUUUCCUCCGCAGACGACGUCCCGGAUAGAAAAAAUGGAGCGUGUGCCUUUAAGGCGCCCGACCGCCUGUCGCUUUGUGCUGCGGAGACACUGACGCCCUCUGGACACUGUGGACACUUGAGCGGCGGCAGCAGCAACACACACACACACACACACACACAUACACACACCAUCCUGGAGAAGUUCAAAGAGAAAACAACCUCGCCCCCCCUCCCGGUGGAAAAAAAGACAAAGUCGUGAACUCGUUUGCAGCCUCUUUUGUGGUGUUUCUCCAGUGUUGGUGCUGGUGAGCCGUCAGGAUGAGGCCCGGUCAGCUGAUCCUCCCCGCCGCCGCCGCCGCGUUCGUCCUCCUCCUGUCGGGACUGUCCCUGAGCUCCGGCUGCAACAAGGCCCUCUGCGCCAGCGACGUCAGCAAGUGCCUCAUUCAGGAGCUGUGCCAGUGUCGUCCGACCGACGGGAACUGCUCCUGCUGUAAGGAGUGCAUGCUGUGCCUGGGGAACCUCUGGGAAGAGUGCUGCGACUGCGUGGGGAUGUGUAACCCCAAGAACUACAGCGACUCUCCGGCCACGUCCAAGAGCACCGUGGAGGAGCUCCACCGCCCGAUCCCGUCGCUGUUCCGCGCCCUCACGGAGGGCGACGCGCCGAUCAACAUGAUGGUCGUGUCCUUCCCCGUCGCCGAGGAGCUCUCCCACCACGAGAACCUGGUGUCCUUCCUGGAGUCCCUCGACAACCAGCCCCAGAACGUGUCCGUGCCCGGCAACAGCAUCCACGCCAGCUACGACACCCAAGAGAACAUGUGCACCGUCGUGUACUUCGACGACUGCGUGUCCAUCCGCCAGUGCAAAUUUUACUGCGAGUCAAUGGGAGGAUCCAAGUACCGCUGGUUCCACAACGCCUGCUGCCAAUGCAUCGGACCCGAGUGCGUGGACUACGGCAGCAAGGCCGUGAAGUGCAUGAACUGUCUCUUCUGAAGCCCCUGGGGCACACGUUGGUACCAAAUGUCUGUGCGACACCAGAGGACUGAGGGCGGAGGAAAGCUAGGACUAUCAUGUGUUAUCUUGUAAAAUACCCCCCCUACAACCCUCCCUCCCACCCCCUGCAAAUUGUUUUUAUUCUGCUGUUAUAUUUCACUGUAUAUUUUUAGAUAUGUUUUCAAUAGUGUUUUUUUUACUAGAGGUGUAUAUGAGUAAUGUAUUUUUACAAUCGUGAUCUGCUACAUCCCGGUCUCAUGCCAAAUAAAGAAAAGUUUGGUGACGUGGA